GGCGAAAUUUAGACGAGUCGUAGGAAAUAUAAACAUCGGCACGUGGUGAAGUGUUUUCCCGGGGAAAGUGAGGAAAAUCGUGGAAUGGGUGAUAAAAUACUGCUCGAUUCCCGCGGAGGAGGUGAUGGCUAUGACUUGGCGGAGUCGGACGAUGAGUACGGUGCGAGAGAGAAACAGCUGCUGAAGAAAUACCGCGAUGCUCAAGCGUCAGCUUCUGAGAGUGAAGAGGAGGGCGUUUUUGGCCUGCCCGAGGAUGAUUCCAUGGAGGAUGACUCUGACUUUGAGGACAAGACGCGGGCGGAGAAGUUCGAGGCGGACAGUGAUGUCAUGUCUGAGGAGGAUGACGAUAUUCCGGACGACAGAGCGUGGGGCAAGAAGAAGAGCACAUUCUACAACACAGACUUCGUGGACCAGGAUUAUGACACGUACACGGCCAGGGAGGAGGAAUUGGCGCUGCUGGAGGAGCAGGAGACCAGAAAGCUUCAGCAGCGUCUGACGAAACAGCUGAGCGAUGCCCAAUUCUCACUGGAUGUGUUCCUGGGCAGCGACAAAGAAGCUCAAAAGAAGGAUGACGCUGACGCUGGUCCCUCGAAGCAUCAGGAGCUCGUCCAGUUCAAGAAGGAGUCCCCAGAAUUCGAUGCUCUGGUUGAUGAGUUGCUUGGCAAGCUGGACGAGAGUGCGAACAUCAUGCAGCCUUUCCUGGACGAGCUGAAGAGUCAGAAUCUGACGGUUUUGCCCAUAUUUGAGUUCAUCGACACGAGGAACAAGUUGUCUCUUCACUACGCCACAAAUCUCAGUUUCUAUCUCAUGCUGAAACACAAGAGAGUGUCGGUGAAGAAUCAUCCGGUGAUGAAGAGAAUCGCUCAGUUCCGGGAACUUCUGCAGCAACUGGAGGAAAAAUACCAGGACGAGGCACAGACAGCGAUGGAGAAAGUGCUGCUGGAUAUUAGAUCUGGCAAGAUUGUGGCGCCGCCAAGGGUUCAGGAAGCGGAGAAACCCAGGAAAAUGCUUGGUAUUCUGAAGAAAAUCCCUGAGAAGGUGAAGGAAGUUCAGGUAUCCGAAGAAGAAGACGCAGUUUCUGCCUCUGAAGAGGAGCAACCCGAUGAAGAAGAAGAAGAUGAUACCGAUAAGCGAGCCAUUACUUAUCAAAUGUCUAAGAACAAGGGCUUGAUUCCGCACAGAAAGAAGGAACUGCGAAAUCCUCGAGUGAAGCAUCGUCUCAAGUACAAGAAAGCCCUGGUCAGACGCAAGGGCGCCGUCAGGACGGUGCGCAAAGAGGAGAAGCGCUACACAGGCGAGCAUUCGGGUAUCAAAGCAACUGUCCGGAAGUCUAUCAAGAUCCGAUAAGUGUUAUUUCAAUAAACUCUGUGACAUUAUUGGCCGUUUUUGGUGCUCUUCUGCUGCACUGAGCGCGGAAUGAAGGCCAUCCGUGGCCGCAUCUCGCCCGGAUGGAGAAGGCG